GUACAAGGAUGAGUCUACCUCAUUACCUGAACCGACCUUAAACAUAUUUGAAACAGCACCAAUAGACAUUAGUCCUGAGAUGCUAAUUCAAUGCUCCACACAUCAGGGCCCGCACGGGCACAAGGAUAAUGAUGGCAACGGCUGCACCCAAAGUCACAGUCGCAGUCGCAGCCGCAGUCGCAGCCGCGGCCGCAGCCACAGCCGCCCCCGAAGCCGUGGCCGCAGUCGCGGCCGCAGUCGUGGCCACAGCCGAGGACACAGUCGCGGACAUAGUCGCGGUCGCAGCCGUGGCCACAGUCGCGGACACAGUCGCGGCCGCAGCCACGGCCACUGCCACAAGCACAGACGGAGCCGCAGCCGCAGUCAUAGCCGCAGCCAUAGCCGCAGCCGCAGCCGAGGCCUCAGCCAUGGCAACGGUCACGGCCACGGCCACUUUCACGGCCAUGGCCACUUUCACGGCCAUGGCCACGGCCACGGCCACGGCCAAAAGCAUGCAAUAGGCGGCCCACCCAGCCCCUGGGGCCGGCACCACCUGUUUAGGCCGGCCCCUUCCGUCGCGCCGUGCCCUCCAGCGGGCGGCGCGCCCUGCUUCGUCAGGCACUGCAAGUACCGCAAGUACGGGGUGUGCAAGGCGCGGCACGCCAAGAUGUGGAAGAAGUUCGCCAAACGCCAAAUGCACGGGAGCCCCUGCUCAUCGGGCAAGCCCUGGAAGAAGGGCAAGCAGGGGGCGUUCCCGGGGCGAGGCUACAUGAAAGAGCCUAAUGCUCAGUUGUACAGAUUCAUCAUACACCCAUCACGAAUCUGGACCACCAGUAGAAAAAUCCGAAGUACGACUGUAUUGAAGUUACUAUUCCAUUCAAUGAAGUGACUGAAACAGUUCAAUUUUGAACUUGCUUCUAUGUAUUUAUGAGCAGGUUAUAAGAACUCGACUCAUUUUUGCGAAGGUCAUGACAUCAUUGUCGAACGUAUGGUUAACAAGAAUAUUUCAUAUUUAUUCACGCAAUAAUUUGAACUUCAUUCGUUAUAAUAUAAUGUUAUUCACUUUGCUCAUUUUUCUGUUAUAUCUUCAUGUUGCAAAAGAUAUAGAAUAGUAUUUUUAAAACGAAGGUAGCAUUUUUAAUUAUUUCCUCAAGAUCAAAAGUCACAAAAAAUUCGAGAAUGUGCUGUUGUAGUACCAUUAGUUUAUUAAUGUUUCAAAAAAUGUAAAUAUUCUUUG